GUCAGGAAACAUCAGUGAAUUAUGAUGGCGUAUGGACUAGCUUAGUUCGGUCCUUUGAGCCAUAUAUUCACCAUUAGUGGAUUUAAUUAUAAUUACGUUUUAAUUGUGUAUUAUGAUAUGAACAAUGAGAACAUAAUUAGUUGUCGUUGCAAUGACUGCCAAUUAUUAUUUUGUUAUUGUUGGCCACGCUGACAAUCCAUUAUUUGAAAUAGAAUUUAACAAUGCUGGAAAAGAUACAAAGAAAGAUGAUCAUUCGCAUUUAAAUCAAUUUAUUGCUCAUGCAGCACUCGAUCUUGUAGAUGAACAUACAUGGAAGACAACAAACAUGCAUUUAAAAGUUGUGGAUAAAUUUAACCAAUGGUUUGUCAGUGCAUUUGUCACAGCAACUCAUAUACGAUUUGUUAUGGUACAUGACAGCAAAAACGAAGAUGGAAUUAAAAAUUUUUUUAAUGAAAUGUAUGAAACAUAUAUAAAGUAUUCGAUGAAUCCAUUUUACAAGUUGAACACUCCUAUUAAAUCUGUAGGAUUUGAGAGAAAAGCACAAUUAUAUGGUAGAAAAUAUUUAUCUUUAUGAAUGUAAUUAUUACUGUCAGUAAGAUAAGUUUUUUUUAGUGAACAUAAAAGUGGUUAUAUUUUUUUUUUAUUUUACAUAUAUUCUUCAUUUAUAAUUAAAAAAGUGAUACUAGUUUAUUAUUAUAUUCAGUCUGCACCGAUAGUGAUGAAUUUGUGUUUAUUCAAAUUAUUUUGGUCUUAAAACAAAUGAUUUAUAAUAAAUAAAUAAUUUUUAAUUCAUGAAAAUUUAAAAUUAGAUAGUUUAAAACUAAGGUCAAUAUAAGUCAAUGUACUGGAUGUGCAAAUAUAUUUUUAUACACGUAAAUUAAUACAUUUGUAAGAAAGUAAAAUAGGCAAUUCAUAUGUUGACAAAUUAAAUAAGCAGUUUAGAUGAAUUGUCGAAUUUGAAUUUUCAGUUACAUUAAUUUAUACAUAUAAAAUUACAUCAAUUUACACGUAUAAAAAUAUAAAAUUAUAUUUUACAUACGCAUGUAUAUCCAGCAUAUUGGCUUGUAAGUGUGAUCUUACACUAUUUACUUAAUUAUUUACUUAAGAUUUUUCUAGCCACAAAUAAUAAUUUUGUGCUCUUUCAAUGUACCUAGUUUUAUAUGAAAUAAAAAAAGAAUCCAGCAGGAAAAAACAUCACUCUGUAUUAAAGUUGUCGACUGUUCAGAUUAGGUUCAGAUUAGGUUAGGAAAGGAAAGGAAUUCAACGCAUGCAUAUGCUCAUGUCGUAUUCUGUCAAUGCGACAGAAUACGGCACGAGCAUAUGCAUGCGUUGAAUUGUAAUUUGCGGAAGAGCAGCGACCCGCAAAUACAUACAAUAGUUUCUCGCUAAUGUGCCAAACUUUUCCCUGGGUAUUGUGACUUGUGAUAGGGAGUUAUCCCCAUCCUAGAAUCCAAUUCCCAGAAGUGCUUCGCCCGAGGCUUCGCGCGAGAACCGUCGUCCGUGUGCGCGCGUGGAAGAACGCAGAAAGCGAUCGUAAAAUUAUGGGCCUGGACCUCGAUUCUUUCGAACAAUUUGCGCAUACGAAAGUCUAUAGUACAUGUGACAUUAACAGUAGAGUUUCGUACACGAAAGUUUUUCAAGAAUUAAGGCCCUGGACUUUGAUGAAGGUCUUACAUCAUUAACCUUUAGAUCGCCGGCAUUUUUCUAUUAAAAUAGUGUAUUUUUAUCUCAAAAAUUCGUGUAUAUUAAUAAUAUACACGUUGUAUAGAAUCUCGAGGUUUAUAUGAAGCCCUAAAAGAUGCUUUUGCGGCGGCCUAAACUUCACCUUUGUUUUUGUUUUUAUUGAAUAAAUUAGAAAAUAUAAAGAAAGUAUAAAAGAGAUUGUUUUCUUGUUCUGUAGACUAUAAUAAAUAAAAGUAUAGACGUAAGUACUUUUGAAAUUUCCAAAAUGCUAUUAUUAUAAAAUUUAUAUUAAUGUUGUUUGUUUUUUUUUUUUUUAUACAA